GUGAAACAUACGUAGCGAUUUUGUACUGCGGUAUGGUGUAGGCAUUGGGUGUACUAACUGUGGUGUGAAUCGCUCGCUCCCGUUUGUAGAUCGCGGAGGUGCUGUGCUGCUGUUACAGCUGCUACCGUCUUGCAUCCGUCGCCGAAAAAUACAAAAAUGGCCGAAAGCGUCAAUUCGAAGGACCCGCUUGGGAAACCUUACCAUUUUAGCGGUUUUGAAACGAAAAGUCCGUUCCUCAUCGGUGUCGCAGGAGGAACAGCUUCUGGCAAGACGACAGUAUGCAGGAAAAUAAUGGAAAAAGUUGGACAAGGUACCAUCGAUAACACCCAGCGUCGCCUCGCUUGCAUCCACCAAGACAGCUUCUACAGAGAGCUCUCUCCUGCAGAAAGUGAACUGGCUUCUCAGGGACGAUAUAAUUUUGAUCAUCCGGAUGCUUUUGAUGAUGGACUCAUGAUGAGCAUCCUCGGUGACAUACUGAACGAGAAAGUCGUCAAGGUCCCGGUAUAUGAUUUCAUCAAUAACUCGAGGCAGAAGGACCAGUGGACGACUAUCUAUCCCGCCGAUGUGGUCUUGGUCGAAGGUCUGCUACUCUUUUAUUUCCCGAGGAUUCGAGAAAUGUUCCACAUGAAGUUAUUCGUAGACACAGAUCCCGACACAAGACUGUCACGGAGAGUGUUAAGGGACGUGAAAGAGCGUGGCAGAGACCUGGAGAAAAUUCUCACUCAAUAUACGACGUUUGUGAAGCCAGCGUUUGAAGAGUUUUGCCUUCCUACAAAGAAAUAUGCAGAUGUUAUCAUACCAAGAGGAGCUGACAAUGAAGUGGCCAUUGACCUAAUAGGAAAACAUGUAGAGGAACUGCUGCGGAACCCCAGACAGAGGUGGCAGACUCAUUCGCCUGAGGAUCGCUGGCCACCCCACCAAGGGUCAGCCCACUCACUUGUCCACCGAUAAGCUGUCCCUUGGUUCCUUGUGUGCGCCUGGCGACAUAGCGUAACUAUGAGACACCUUCGUGGAACAAGAUGCAUCCUUGUGUGUCAUACCAUCCUUUGCGGGAUAGGGUUUGCGAAAUUUAAGUGCAUUUAAGACUGAACUUUUGUUCAAGAAUAAAGUGCCAUUUUCUGGUGA